CUGAAACGCGCGGCUUCGGGGUUGCCGCGACACGGUGACGUAGCCUACGGCGUAACAGCACCGACGCAGGUGUAUACAUUUUGCGCGCGCCAAUUACCGGAGGAGGACGGGCUCUCGUGACGACUCCCGGCCGCGCGACCGAAACGAUAUAACGGGCAGGAUAAUGCCGAGACGCGGAUGAAUGUUUUCUAAUCGCGCAGUGUCCUACAUAAAGACUGAAUACCGGAGUUGGAGGAUUAAACUCGUAGACCCGCUUGGGCGGAUGAGGAGCGCCACGUACUGAGACCGUCCUCGUGAAUGAACGCACGAGAUGGACGUCUGAAUCAAAGCCGUCAUGGCCCCGUUUCUAUUGAUCCUCCCAUUGCUGGCAUCGUUGCGCCAGCUGAUACAGCCGAUCGACUGCGCGAUCGACCGAGGCGGACCGACGAAGCAGAGCGACGUUGGCUCUUACCCCAGGCCUAAAUCCGUCAAGGAUGUUUUAGCGCAGACCGGCGGCAACGCGCUGCUGCCCUGCCGAUUCAACGGUCCUGGAAUAGUAACUUGGAUCAGACGAAAAGACAGACUACUACUCACAGUAGGCCGAGGUACUCACGCUUUAGAUACGCGUUUCGUCGUCAUGCCUGACUGGAGUCUCUUAAUCAAAAGUGUCAAGCAUGAAGAUGCGGGCCUUUAUGAGUGUCAGAUACAAACGGAACCAGUGCAGCAACGAUUCGUGUGGCUGAACACCACCGAAGCGUACUCGAUGAUACCGGGCGGACCGGACCUUCAUGUGAAACAGGGCUCCAGCUUGCGCCUGGAGUGUCAGCUGAUGGCAGCCGCGGAAUCGCCCAGCUACAUAUUCUGGUAUCGCGAAGGCCGUAUGAUAAACUACGACAACGAGCCCGGCGUUAGGGUCGAGCCGACGAGGAACGGCUCGGUACUCGUCGUUGAGAAGGUGAAGCUCUCGCACGGCGCAAACUACACUUGCUCGCCGAGCAACGCCAGGCAGGCAUACAUCAUGAUACACGUCAUCGAAGAGGAAGAAAAACCAGCGGCCAUGCACGGAGGUGAUCGGCGAAAUUCCAAGGCAGCAUCGUCGAGUAACGAUCUGUUGGCCUUCGCAGUUCUCAUGUUUGUCCCGGACGUAAGACGCUGCUUCCUGUAUCUCAUCCGCCACGUCACGUGACUAACGUAAACCGUUAUUGUCGCGAAGCUGAAGCUGUUUGAGCCUGGCGAUGAAAUCCAAACGUCACGAAAGAAGAUAUGACAGGUACCGCGCGGGAUCAAAGAAAAAUCUAUUUGCGAAUAAACUUAAAGCGAGAAAUUCAACUGCAGACAGUUUUCCGCGAGUCCGUAUCCCCCGGGUGGUGAAAUCCAAGGAGGACCGCGAAGUUUCACGUAACCAUGUAACUUUCGUUUAAAGAAAUGUCUUAUCCAAGUGACACUACUUGAUAGAAACUCCGCUUGAACUCGUAACGAGUGAAUAAUAUCCGUGGAAUGAGAUUUGGUCGUCUCUCGACGAGGAUGAAUUUGUUCGCCAACUUCGGGGACCAAGUUGGCAGUCUUGUGUCGUUGGUCAUCAUAAACUCUCUUUGAAACAGAAGUUUUUCCGCGGAGACUCGUCGUCCUAGUUCACAUCAAAGUGUCUUCAGUAAAUAAAUUAAUUAAUUAACCUCUCGAGGUGCGAAGUUUAUUUACUUUCUAAUGAAAAAUUAUAUUAUUAUUAAGUAUUUUAUGCGAUAUUUAUUACUUGUGGAUGUGUUUUAAAGUGUCUUUCCCAAAUAUCUCGCUAGAAAGAUAAUAUCGUUUAAGAAACUAAUUUUCAUGAACAUAUGAUGAGAAUAAUAUGAUAAUUUGUCGCAAAAUAAUAAUGCAUACAUCGUUAUACGGACAACUCUUUAAUUUCUGCGGAAUUUGGAACAUCCUCGGAGACCAUCACGCUCCGAAGUAUAUUACAUUCUCAAAACGUAUCAUAGACAAAUUCAGCGCUGAGAUCUCGUCUCGGGGUAGACAAGUCUUCAUCGUGAGAAUCAGGUAUUAUUUGCUUCUUAUAAGUUUGUGACAAGUUUCUAACAAGUAGUUUAAUGUAAAUGGGACAUCGAGUUCUGUAAAUAAAAGUUGCACGUAGUUUCACGUUCUCCUCUGGGUAUUACCAACACUGGCAAUAAUAAACUCAAUCUAGAAUCGUUGUAAACAUUACACGAGAAUAAAACGAGAAGCAUCGUCUGAUCUGUAAAAUUUAAGCGUUUCGAACGAGAAUGAUUUGCAAUAAUUCGUCGAAGAACGUGCGUGAGCGAAAAUCCCAGAAAUGUCACGAUCGAAAUUACGUCCGCAAAUCAGCCGGCAUCCCUCAUUCGGAUCGUCGGAGAUUAAGAAAAUGGAAUUUUAUUAUCAGCAAAAUUCCUAAACUGCCAAAACCGGUUGUAUAUUUCAAUGCUUGUACCUAUCGCGCGUUAAAAACUGUCGUAAACUCAAGUUAUUUUGUCCCUUACGAAAAGAGUCGUUACAUUAUGAUUACAUCACAAUCGAAAUCUUCAUCUUUCAAUUAAAAAUCGAAGUAACGGUCUAAAGGAUAAGAUAACUCGAGCUUAUAGUAAUAAUAGUGCAUCUAUACAAUAUAAUAUCUCAAUGGACGAAGAUUGCGAAUGGUUAUUAUUAUUUUUACCGACAUUCGUAUAAAAAUAAUGCCUCAACGAAAUCACGAAGCAUGCAGAUUUGAAUCGGUGUAGCGUUUCUCAAAAAAAAUUUGUCAUAUUAAAAAAUACUCGAAUACUCACAGCUCAAUAUUUAUUCUAAUUAAUAAAUAUCUUAAGGAAACGUUGUUGCGAACAACAGGAGACUAAGUGAAUUUCUAAAGUAAAUUUUUGAAUACACCGAUUUCGUCAAAACUUUACAAUAAAUUAAUAAAAUCUCAGAUUAAAACUCUUUACAACUUGUAAAGGGAAUAACAUUUUAUUAAAAACCUGUCAGACGAAUUAUUAUUCAAGUUAGCAGCUAAUCAUGUGCACACACAAAGAGAGUUAAAUAUACGCGUAAUUAUUAUUAUAAUUCAACUUUAAUAGCCGUAAGUGUAUUUCUAUAUCGACGUGCCGAUAAGUAUAGAAUGUUGAAAAAAAGACUAAGGUCAAACUUGAAAGAGAUGUAGCGCACUCGCCGACAUCGUCCGUGGAUUCAUGAAAACAUCACCCCGAUCUUUUUUCAACAUUCCACGUACGUGUGUGUACUUUGAAGAAUUAUUUUCAGCAACUUCGUUGGCUUUAUAUGUAUUGAAUUAGAAUGUAUGUACAUUAAAUUAAGAUGUAUAGCCUAAUAUCAAAUGUCGCACAUAGAUACAUAAGAACCUGUAGUGUUAGUACUUUUAAUACUUACGAUCUGUUCAUGCGAAUAGCAAACGGAAUAUUACAUAUAAAUAUGUCUUGGAAACGUACGUAA